GAAUUUCCCAUAUUGCUGGUGAAAUAGCUGAUUUCCGAUGAUCUUAUCAAGUUUAUAAUAUUUACCGUCUAUGAAGCUCAUGACAAACAAGAGGAAAAACAGAUUCUAAAUCACUUAUACAUGAAGAGCUUCUGAAUUUAUAAUAUUUACUCGCCUCUGUCGUCGAAAAGAAAUGCAAGAGUCAGGUGUUUGUUUAAUCUUGCUAUCUCUAUGACAGUAUUUUUAUGGUAUCAAAACCAUGUUUGUGUGUAGACGUCUAAGAUUUGAGUGUUGGUCACUACUUUUUCAUUCUUUGGUUUAUAUAUAUUUGAAUAGUAGUCCUCUUGAAUGUCUUUGUCGGUCUAAACACGGCCAUAAAUUCCGUAGGUAUUGGAAACAAUAAAUCUCUGUCUAGACAAAUUGUAAGGAACUUAGAUUGUUUAUUUCUAAAAUCUAAAAAUGGAAUUUAUACUCUAGAUCAACAUCAUACAAGUACCAAUCUGCUUCUUCAUCUUCUAAAUUGGAAAAAGAUUUAUUAGAGAUUCAACAAAGAUAGUCAGUAGUCAAGUAACAAAUAUAAAUUAUUUCUAAAGAUCAAAUGAUAAUUGAUAAAUCUCAAAACUAUAUAAAGAUAAAAUUUAUCCAUAAAUAAUAAAUAUAAAUUAAAAAUAAACAAACAAAAAUAUGAGCGGUUAAACCCGUCACUUAAGCACAAAGCAUAAGCAUAAUAUUUAAAUAAAGAAUAAAUAAUUCAAACAAGAUGAAACAUGAUUAAAAUUUUCUUUAUUAAAAAUUUACUUAGAAAGAAAUUGUAACAAUGUUCUCCAUUAUAAGGAUAAGAGAAAAUGUAAAAAAGAAAAUGAAUGAAAGAGUAGGAGAAUGAGAACUUAGUUUACAACCGAAACAAAUAAUUCUUUAAUAAGAAUUUACAAAGAUGUAAUGAUACAUAAAAGUUAAAAAUAAAAUAGAAAAGAGCAGAUAUGGAUAAUACCACUUGCAAAAUGUGUCUCCACUAAGCUUUAUAAUUGUUUGAUGUUUGUUAGAUGUAGACCUUGUUUUUCAUGGCUAUAUGCAUGGUACCCUUUCAGAUAUCUGAAUUUUCGAACUUACAUAUUUCUUUUGCAAAAAAAAAAAUUUCUUUAAAAUUAUUAUAUCAUAUGUGAGAACAUAUGCAACUUAAUAAGAAUAUUUUUUAAAAAAGUUGAAGCUUCAGUUUUAAAUGUUAUACGAAAGCCCAUAAUUUUUUAUAGUAGAUAGUUUUUCGAGUUUCUAGAUGAAAACAUUUUGGAAUAAGUCCAAAUGCAAUUUACAUUUCACUAGUGUUGAUUAAUGCAACUGUAAACUUUUUGUUAUUUUUAGAAAAAAAAAAUGGUGACUCUAAUUUUAUAUUUUUGAAAAGUUAUUUUUUUAGAAUGAAAAAAUUCAUUAGAAGCUCAUAUCUAGAGAAUAGAGAAUAAUGAUUUUGCUCUUUAAGAUUUUCAUCAUUAUUAUCUAAGCAAUCAUUUUCUUGUUUUUAGAACUAGAAUCAUCAUAAGUCAUUAACCUUUGAUAGAUAUAAUUGAAUAAAAAUAUUCAGUUUUUUUGAGAAUUUUUAGAUUAUUAUUAUAACAUAAAUUAUGAUAUAAGUUAUUGGAUAUAAAUUAAAAUAUAAGAUCACAUAUAUAUAUAUAUAUAUAUAUCUUAUUUAUAAUAUCUCUCAAUUAAGAGUUUUUAUUUUAUUUUAAAAUAUUUUUAUUUUAUUUAUCCAGCCCACAAAUGUAAACAUUAAUGCUAACCAGUUUUGAUUUUGAAAGGUUUAGAAUGAUCUGAAGUGGUAGUAAAUGAUUUGAAGUGGUACAAAAUGAUUUUAUAUAGUUUCUUAUGAAUGUUGCAGAAACAUGAACCAUCGCUACAAUUUGCAUUUGAUGAGACUCUGUGGAUUAGUAGCACCGAAACCAAUUAAGCCCUUACAUUUAGACUGUAACCACUGUUUUGUCUCUUUACAAAUUUCUCUGUCUUAGACCAGAGGUUUUAAGACCAAAGAGGAAACUGGAGUAUAGGAUAUCAUGUUUUUAGCAACAAAUCAUUUUUGUAAAUUCUAUUCUUAUUACAGCGAGACUUGAAUCCCUGUCAUUUGGUGAGUACUCUGAGACACCAUCGACAUUCGACAAGUCUGAGAAAGAUAAAUAUUACCAAACCAGAAACUGAAACCGAUUUUGAACCGAACCGAACCGAUAGAGAUCAUAAAAUCAUAAACCAAUUUCAUCCAGUAACAAACCGAAAAUUAGAAAGAAUCUGAAGUUUCCAAGCAAAAACCUAUUUUGUUAACCAGUCGAUCACAGGCGACUGAAUCCGGUUUGAUACAAAGAUAUAAACCGGAAUUAAACCGGUUUAGGUUUCUCGAAUUGUCAGUUACCCAUUCCCAUCUGUUAGUUUAUAGGAUUCUGAAUCAGAGACAACGGAAAAAACAAAUCGGAAACGAUGAAGAAGUCGAUUGCGAUGACGGCGAAGAGAUUGCUUCAUCGGAACCUUCUCGAAAGCCCUAAACCCAGAGCAGCAUCUCCUCCGCAUUGCGGCUGCUGGACACGAGCUUUCUCCAGCGCGAUUGCUCUCCGCGAGAGGCUGAGCCGAAACCGUCUCCGCGACAUCAGCCUAGACGACGCAAUCGAUUUGUUCGACGACAUGGUCGAAUCUCGCCCCUUCCCUUCGAUCAUCGAUUUCAACAGAUUGUUAAACGCCGUCGCCAAGCUGAAGAAGCACGACGCCGUCGUCUCUUUAGGGAGAAAGAUGGAGACUUUAGGGAUUCGAAAUGAUCUCUACACGUUUAAUAUAUUGAUUAAUUGCUUAUGUAGCUGCUUUCAGCUCUCUCUUGCUUUGUCUCUUCUUGGGAAGAUGUUGAAGCUUGGGUUUGAGCCUGAUAGAGUCACGCUUGGCUCUCUUGUUAAUGGGUUUUGUCGCAAGGAUAGGGUUAAUGAAGCUGUUUAUUUCGUUUGUAAGAUGGUUGAGUUAGGGUAUAGAGUUGACAUUGUUGCUUACAACACGAUUAUUGAUAGUUUGUGCAAGAGUAAACGAGCUGAUGAAGCUCUUAGUUUCUUCAAGGGAGUUGAAAGGAGAGGUGUGAGACCUAAUGUUGUUACCUAUACUUCUCUGGUAAAGGGUCUUUGUAAUUCGGGUAGGUGGAGGGAUGCGGCUCGGCUGUUGAGUGAGAUGAUCAAGAGGAAGAUCAGUCCUAAUGUGGUUACUUACAGCGCGUUGGUGGAUGCGUUUGUGAAGAACGGGAAGGUUUUAGAGGCUAAAGAGCUUUAUGAAGAGAUGAUGAGGAUGUGUAUAGAUCCUGAUGUUGUUACUUACAGCUCGUUGAUCAAUGGGCUUUGUGUGCAAGGUAGAAUAGAUGAGGCAAGUGAGAUGUUUGAUUUGAUGGUAAGAAGAGGUUGUUUCCCUGAUGUAGUGAGUUACAACACUCUUAUUAAUGGGUUUUGUAAGUCGAAGAGAGUAGAGGAUGGGAUGAGACUCUUCCGCGAGAUGUCUCAAAGAGGAUUAGUUAGCAGUACAGUCACUUACAACACUCUUAUCCAAGGGUUUUUUCAAGCAGGGGAUGUUGAUAUGGCUCAGGAAUUUUUUAGUCAGAUGGAUUCUUUUGGUCUCUCUCCCGAUAUUUGGACGUACAACAUUUUGUUAGGUGGUCUAUGUGACAACGGGGAGCUAGAGAAAGCAUUGGUGAUAUUUGGAGAUAUGCAAAGGAGAGAAAUGGAUCUUGAUAUUAUCACAUAUACGACAAUUAUCCGAGGGAUGUGCGAGGCUGGUAAGGUUGAAGACGCUUGGGGUUUAUUCUGUAGCCUAAGCCUCAAAGGAGUGAAGCCUGAUGUUGUAGCGUACACUACAAUGAUGUCAGGCUUGUGUAGGAAAGGCCUACACUGUGAAAUAGAUGCAUUGUAUACAAAGAUGAAAGGAGAUGGGCUUAUGCUGAAUGACGGCACACUAUGUAUUAGAGAUGGUGACAUAACUGUAUCAGCCGAGCUUAUUAAAGAAAUGUUGAGCCGUGGCAAUGCACCAUUCUGGGGAUGCAAAAAAGCUGUUUCUCUCUUGUAAUUGUUACUGUGGAUGUUGCAUUUCCACUAUGAUGUUAUGCUUGGGUUGUCUUGCAAUUUCAUCUGUUUCAGUGGUGAUGGAAUCACUGCCACUUGGCUAUGUCUCUAAUUCGAGAUUUUGAGUUGAGAGAUCCUCAAGUCCUUCACUCCAAGUUAGAGAUUCUGUAUAUGGACUUUGUAUAUGGACGUUGCCAUCAGCAUCAUCAUAAUCAGCGCUAUAUCUGGUGCCGAUAAGCUUUCUUCAUCAACCUCCUCCUCAUCUCGGUCGACGCUUGAGGUAGGUACUCGGGAACAGAGGAAUGCAUGAACAUAGAGACGUAUUCGACUGACCGGCAUGAGGAAAAGUGAGCAUCACCACGUUUGUGCAUACAUAUAAGACAUGCAAGGAACAAAAUUGCUCUGCCAGAGGUUAGAUUUAAAAAAUGCCAUGAAGUUGUAAAAAAAAAUUUCCUUAAAUGAAAAUUCUAUGAGCACAAAGACAAAUUAUACUCAAUAGUGUAUUUCUUCAGAUUGAAAAGAAAGGUUCUCAGAAAUCGUAUCUUUUGUUCUUUCCUGA